AUGGCUAUAUCGGUAAAAAAAUGGAUGUUCCUUAUUCUGGUUGUCGUGGUAGCUCUGCUGCUGUCUCCGAGAACUCCAAAACAUGGAGAUGAGAGGAUCCCGUUUUAUUUUGUACCGAUUUUUGAUCCAGCUAAGUCAACAGGUUUCCUUCAGAGUGACGGUGAAGAGAGCAUUUUCUUGGACCCGCCAGUUCUGGAUUCCGGUCUCCAGUACGAUUACUAUCGCGAUACUUGCCCUCAAGCAGAGGCCAUUGUGAGGUCAAAAAUCGCUCGGGUCUACGCAGAGCACAGAGACAUAUAUGCUGGUUUCUUGAGGCUUCUUUUCCAUGACUGCUUCAUUCAGGGCUGUGAUGCUUCGAUAUUCUUGAAUGACAGAAAUGAAGAAAGGAACCGCUCUGCCGAGCGUCAGGCUGUGCCUAAUAAGAGCUUGAGAGGCUUUGAUCAAAUCGAUUGGAUUAAGGAGGAACUGGAAAAAGCUUGUCCAGGGGUGGUUUCAUGUGCUGAUACUCUUGUACUUGCCACUAGGGAUAGCCUUGCUCUGGCUGGGGGACCAGUGUAUCCAGUGUUCACAGGCAGGAGAGACAGUACUGAGUCUUACUAUGCUGAAGCAAUGACUGAGCUUCCAAGACCUGAUGGGAAUAUUACGGAGACACUUGGGCUGUUCAACUUAAGGGGUUUCGGUGAGAGAGAAACAGUCACUCUUUUAGGAGCACAUAAUGUUGGAAAAAUUGCUUGCCAGUUCUUUCAGAGUCGACUCUCAAACUUUUUCGGGACAGGUCAACCGGACCCAACAAUUCCUUCUGAUUUUCUGACUGACUUGAGAAGCAAAUGUGCAGUAAAUGACAGCACCAAUAAGAGGAGAAGCAACAUUGAGUCGAGUUUGGGGACAAAACAAGGAGUAUCAUCAAUUUCAGUGUCAUCUGGUGAUGUGUUUGACACUCACUAUUAUCAGAGAUUGCUAAGAGGGAGAGGGAUUCUCUUUGCUGAUCAACAGUUGAUGGCUGACGAGAGAACUGCAAGAUUUGUGAGGACUUAUGCCUCGGAUGAUGGUUCUAUCUUUAGAAGGGAAUUUGGUAGGGUUAUGGUUAAGUUGUCUAACCUUGGUGUCUUGACUGGUAAUCAAGGGGUUAUCAGGGUCAAUUGCUCUUUGCCUGUCGAUCAUAUUUUUUGA